GAUAUUAAAUUAAUAACUUGCAUACAUUUUUUUGAGUGACCACAAACACCGUGACACGUGAUAUACAUAUAACGGUCCUGUUAUAUGUAUAUCACGUAUCACGGUGUUUGUGGUCAUAUUCCUUCAAAACGGCUCGACCGAUUUUUAUAAUUUUUUUAUGUAUAUUUGUAUAAGAAUAGGCCGUAAAGUAUAUUUCAUACCACUAGAUGUUUAGGGUGUCCUUGUCCCCAAUUUAUACCUAAGCCAGAACAACAUUUGCUGGGUUAGCCAGUUUUUUUUAUAACAAGGUAUAUGAACUAAGGGAAACAUCAUAUAUAUAUAUAGUUUUAAUGUCAUAAAUGUAUUUACGCUAAGUUUGAGCUUCCUUUUCGUACAUUUAUUAAGGUACAUCAUUGAGAAAAUUAAUUAUCUAUUGCGUUGCCCAUAAGGCUGUAUGCGCUUAUUUCCUUUACCGCUCUCUAUUGGAUAAACGAAUAAAAACAUCAAAAUGUCAAAUUUACUUACUAAUGUUCAUGAAUCGGCUUUUGUUUCCGAUUCUAAAAAUACGUAUUUAGUAACAGGAACUUAUGAAUAUUAUCAUUACAUGUGCGAUGGAUUUGAUGAUAGGGGUUGGGGAUGUGGCUAUAGAACUUUACAGACGAUAUGUUCCUGGAUGAACUAUAACUAUCAAAAUAAGGAGGUUCCCUCUUUGAGAGAAAUACAAGACAUUUUGGUACAGUUGGAAGACAAGCCGAAAUCAUUUUUAGGAUCAAGACAGUGGAUUGGCAGUUUUGAAGUAUGUCUAGUUAUAGAUAAAUUGUAUGAUGUCCCAUGUAAAAUAGUUCAUGUAAAUAAAGGAGAUGAGUUGCAAAAAAUUGUGGAAGUUCUUGUGACACAUUUCAAAACGUUUGGCAGUCCUGUGAUGAUGGGUGGAGAUGUUGACUGUUCAUCUAAAGGCAUCAUGGGCAUUCGGUUGGGGGAAAGGGAUGCAAGUUUAUUGAUAGUGGAUCCUCACUACGUUGGAAGGGAACAGACUAAAGAAUUCCUCUUCAAUAAAGGUUGGGUGAAAUGGCAGCCACUACAGGAUUUUUUAAGUUCCUCAUUCUACAAUUUAUGCCUGCCUCAAGUUAAAGCACAGUAUAAAAAUGAAGAUAUGAGUAGAUAAUAUAUAAGUAUAAAAUAUGUAAGGAAUAAAGGUAUAUAUUUCCGUUUAUGAAAUAAAAUGUUAAAGGAAAUGUAA